GGGACAGGCUAAAGAAACCAUCACUAUUGGGAUUAUCAGAAAGUAUAUGAUGAGAUUUGGAAUCCUAAGAAGAAGAAAGUUACUGAAAGCAAGAAGAUGUGCCAUCUGUUGCAGACAAAAUUUUUAAGAUAGGACUAAUAACAGAUCAUUUGAUUUGGUAUCGAAAACCUCCCCUUUGAACUGCAGAGAAACUUUCAGCUCAUGAGGGACCUGGACCAAAGAACAGAGGACCUCAAGGCUGAAAUUGACAAGUUGGCCACUGAGUAUAUGAGUAGCGCCCGCAGCCUGAGCUCCGAGGAAAAACUGGCCCUUCUCAAACAGAUCCAGGAAGCCUAUGGCAAGUGCAAGGAAUUUGGUGACGACAAGGUGCAGCUUGCCAUGCAGACCUAUGAGAUGGUGGACAAACACAUUCGGCGACUGGACACAGACCUGGCCCGUUUUGAGGCUGAUUUGAAGGAGAAGCAGAUUGAGUCAAGUGACUAUGACAGCUCUUCUAGCAAAGGCAAAAAGAAAGGCCGGACUCAGAAGGAGAAGAAAGCUGCCCGUGCUCGUUCCAAAGGGAAGAACUCAGAUGAGGAAGCUCCCAAGGCUGCCCAGAAGAAGUUAAAACUUGUGCGCACAAGUCCUGAGUAUGGGAUGCCCUCAGUGACCUUUGGCAGUGUCCACCCCUCUGAUGUGUUGGAUAUGCCUGUGGAUCCCAACGAACCCACCUAUUGCCUUUGUCACCAGGUCUCCUACGGAGAGAUGAUUGGCUGUGACAACCCUGAUUGUUCCAUCGAGUGGUUCCACUUUGCCUGUGUGGGGCUGACAACCAAGCCUCGGGGGAAAUGGUUCUGCCCACGCUGCUCCCAGGAACGGAAGAAGAAAUAGAUAAGGGCUUUGGAUUCCCACACAGUUUCUUCCACGUCCCCGGCCCCGGGCUAGUGGGGAGAGGAAAGCUUGUGCUGGGGGCCCCGGGGGCCCAGGGAGAGCGCACGGCGUGGUGGUGUCAUCCCUCCUCCUCCCCUCUCCCCACUCCUGGUGCUGAGGCUGCAUCCUAACCCUGGCCGGGAGGGGUGCCGCAGCCGUGGACCGUCUGUGCUCUCACUCAGCCCGCCCCCCUCAGAGGGACGCGGUCCUGCCCACUGCCCUUUGCCUCCAUGCCGAGGUUGGUGCUGUAUUUCCAAGGGAUGGUCCUCUUUACUCCCCUUGCUUUGUAUUGAAGGACUUGGGGCAGUAGCAUGGGGGCACCCCCGGCCCCCCUGAUCCCCUGCCCCUGUAGGGGGCCAUGGUGUGAUGAGCUCUCUUUGUUCCCUUCCUGCUUUUUCCAUGGUAGGGCCUCCCCCAGAGCAUCCGGGCAGUGGCCUUAGUUGAAGGGGCACCCCUUGCUCUGUGCCAACAGGGCUCGUCCCGGCCUCGUGAAUGGGAGAGGGGCCAAGGUGGGAUGCAGGUCACUCACAUGUAAAGGAAUUUGAGUAGGUGAAUAAAAGCUAUCCGUGUUG